GGGUGAUAAAAUCAGAAUCACGUUAUGGGGAAAGUUUGCUUAUUUUUUGACCGAGGAUGUAAUCGGCAGCCAAACUGUCCUUAUUAUUACAUCAACGAUGGUACAGAGAUUUAAUGGUCUGUGCCUAAAGUCAACCAGUGCCACAAGAAUAUAUAUAGAUCUGGAUAUACCAGAAACACAAGAACUUCUUGAUAGGGACUCGACAGAAGAAACCUUACCAAAAAUGAUCGGUAUAGAUAGGAGUAAUCAAGGAACACUAGAAGAACAAAUGUUUUAUAGGAGGAAAACAUUGGAACAACUUACUACAAUGAGGCACGAAAACCAGCCAGACCAGAAUUUUGUCUUCACAACAAUAGCUACAAUAGACUGUUUGCAAGAAAAUAUUCAAUGGUGGUACAUGUCAUGUGUAAGUGUCACAAAUUGGCUACUAAAGAAACCGACAAGUAUUAUUGCAAGAAUUGUGGUAUAUAUCCAGAAAAGGUCACACCACGGUAUCAUGUUCGUCUCCAAAUUAGUGACCAUACAUCUACUACAAGCUGCACUUUAUUUGACGAGGAGGCUGCAAGAUUGCUUAAUAUGUCUGCAUCUAAGUUGCUGGACACACUAGAUGGGAAAUUAGAAGAAGCGCCAAAGAUUAUUCAACAAUUAUGUGGAAAAAGACUUAUAUUUCGAUUCAAGCUCAAUGAUAGUAAUCUCACAUUUGGCACACAAAACUAUGCAGUAAAAAGAACAUUUGUUUCUGAUGAUAAGCUUGAGAUGCUCUACUUGGACAAUAAAGCCGAGGAGGAACUGAUGGAUGAUGAGGUUGACAUCGUAUUAAUGAAGAAGCAGAACAUGCUAGAUAGAAAGUCAAAGAAUAAUAAAGUUUCACCUGGCGAACUUUCAUGCGAACUGGUGCCUGUGAAAGAGGAGCCACAUGACAGCAAUGGGACUACAUUAAACAAAGAUAAGAGUCAAGACAAAAUAUCGUCAUCAUCCCGUGAGCUCCGAAGUGGCAAUAAAAGGAGACUGAGAUCUGUUGUAAUAUCAGAUGACUCGGAGGAUGAAUGCAUUGAGACGAAUAUGCCUAAACAAAAUGAAAAAGGUGUCCGCGGUAACAAGAAAUGUGUUAAAGCAAAAGCCAAAAAUACAAUGCUUGAAGAUGAAGAUGAAGUACAGAAAGCAAGGCCCAGGAGAACAAGGAUGUUAUCUAGAUAAUUAGUGGAUCAGUAGCUUAUGAACAUGAUAAGUAAGAGUACUUGACAUGGAUGAGGAUAAGAAGGAUAUUAUUAGAUUAAGGGUGUGAGUGUUACCAAUGUUCUUAGACAUCUAGGUAAU